CUGUGCGAUACCACUACAGGCACCCCGUGUACUACUACGGCACGCGUCGAUACGAGGCGUACACGGUGGCGGCGUUGAAUGUGCAAUUAUGUGGGUUAAUGGAAAGGGCUGCAGUAAUCAUAAUUAUAGCUUCGUACAACCGGCCGCCGCUGUCGUCGUCGAGCAUUCAAAUCAGCGCUAACUGCUACGCGGGCCUACCAGCCAGGCAGUCGCCAGGCACCACCGUGACUCACUUGCCAGCGAAUCAAUAUGCCCGAGCGAGGUGAACGGUGAAAAACCGCAACAGUCCGGCAGCAGACGCCAGAAGUGCCGUGAGCAGCAGCAGUAGUAGCCAGAAGUGCCAGCAGCAAGUGCGCCAAUUCGCCAUCGGCAGUGCCGGCCGUGUCCGCGGACUCCGGACGAGAACUAGUUCGAUGCUGGACAGAAUGCAAUUUGGCUGGGCGUACGAUGGAGUCAACGGUUCCGUGCCCCGCAACACUGGCCCGGAAUGUGCGGAGUUCCUGUCGCCCGGCCGGAAGCUGAUCGAGUCCGUCAUCACGAUACCGCUCUGUCUGCUGGCGAUCAAGUGGUCGGUGAACCGGCUGAAGCCGAUCACGUACCGCCAGCUGCAACCGGAUCGCACCGUCGUCCGACCGCUCAGCGGCAGCAAUCACAAUCUGCACCAUCUGCACCACUACCAGGCGAGGCACGCGGAUCCGGAACCGCGGGAUCUGCUGCUGCCCCACCACCGGGAGCGAUCGUUCUCGUCGGCCUCGAUUGCCAGCGGGACGGCGGACGAGUACUGCUGCCACCGGUGCUGCCAGACACCGGCGGGCUCGGUGCGGGGCUUCGGCCCGACGGGGGACGGGGCGCUUGCCCCCAGCUGGGGCAAACAGUUGCUGCUCGUCACCAUGUCGCUGACGCUGGGCGUCGAGAUAGGCUUUAAGUUCGCCACUAGGACCGUGAUCUACAUUCUAAACCCCUGUCACAUCACCACCGUCAUACAGAUUUACCUGUUGGCGUGCAACAAGCCGACCAAGAGCUCGACGGUGCUCUUCCGGAUCCAGAUGAACUAUCUGAACGGUCCGCUGCUGGCGUUCAUGUUCCCGGAAACGGACAGCCGGCAGCUGGCGCUCGAGGAGUCCAUCUACUGGAUCCAGCACGCCCUCAUGUGCAUCAUACCGAUAUAUCUACUCAAGACCGGCGGUGUCUACAACAUGGAAGCUUUAAACGACUUUACCUGGAACGUGAUCGGAUACGCCGCACUCAUCAUCUACCAUUUUGCAAUUCUACAAGUUGUGGCCAUCCCCGUGCAGGUGAACCUCAAUCACAUGCUCUGCCCGGCGUUGAAGGACCCGUUCGAGGGGCCCAGCUACCGCAUCUGGGCGGUGUUCCACGAGGCCCUCCUCUGUACGCUGCUGUGCAAGGUCGUCACGGCGCUGUUCAACCCGACGGGCCCGCCGCUCGUGACCAAUCCACCGUUCAUCAAGAACGGAACGCCGGGCGAUGCGACCCCGAACAUUCCCGCGGCCAGCCUGGCCUCGUCUACCUCGCUUCCGCCGCAUCUGAUCUCGUCGUCCCGUCCGUCGUCGCGCUCCUCGUCGCCCGCCAAGUCGGCCGCGAUGCUGCAGGAGAACAACAUCAUCAUCAAGACGAGCAAGAUCGACUAGUGGCUGGCGUUCGUGCCCACGUUGGGUCUCCUUCUGUACCGCGCCAAGGCAGUAGUGGUUGGUGGCAGUAGCUGAAACCGCUCCGACACCGAGGAUACCGAUAAUGUGCGGGUAACUCACCCGGUGAGCUUUCUUUCUUGCGAAUCAAACCUUGCGAUGUCGAUCAGUUCGAUAACUGGUUGCGUGUACAUCCAGGUCCUAACAGUUCU